AAUCCAGUGGGCGCCCAUUAAGAUUGUCUUAAAUGAGAAUGGUCACCAACCCAGUCGUCGGCUCUUCUCCUCUUGUUUUUUGUUUGAGUAUGUGAGAGAACCUUACCGUCAUUCCUAAACAAAUAGACCCAAGCCAGAGGCCAACAUUUCUCUCUCGAAAGAUUGUAUGUGAAGAAACAAACAGAUUUCUGAUGGAUUUUGGGAAUUCGCUAGCGCUUUCUCUCUGUUUUCUUUUCGCUCUCGCUGAUCUAUCCCAUUCGGCUAUCCAAUUGCCCGGAUGGCUCGGAGACAAGAAAACGCAGGCACCGGUGCUGAGAUUGAACAAAGGUGCUGUCACUGCUCCCUUUGAUCCCACUCGCGCCACUCCACUCUCGUGGCAUCCCAGGGCUUUCGUUUAUAAGAAUUUUUUGACCGACGAGGAGUGCGAUCACCUAAUCACUUUGUCAAGGGAUAAGCUAGAGCUGUCAAUGGUGGCGGAUAACGAGUCUGGUAAGAGUAUUAAGAGUGAAGUCCGAACGAGCUCUGGCAUGUUUCUUCAGAAAGCUCAGGAUGAGAUAGUCGCUGGUAUUGAGACCAGGAUUGCUGCAUGGACCUUCCUUCCAGUAGAAAAUGGGGAGUCCAUGCAAAUACUGCACUAUGAGCAUGGUCAGAAAUAUGAACCACAUUUUGAUUUUUUUCAUGACAAGGCUAAUCAAGAACUGGGUGGCCACCGGGUUGCCACUGUAUUGAUGUAUUUAUCUAAUGUUGAGAAGGGUGGGGAGACAGUUUUUCCCAAUUCAGAGGGAAGGAUGUCUCAAUCAAAGGAAGAUGGCUGGUCUGAAUGUGCUCAAAAAGGCUAUGCAGUGAAACCUAGCAAGGGCGAUGCCUUGCUGUUCUUCAGUCUUCAUCCCGAUGCAACUACAGAUACCAACAGCUUGCAUGGGAGCUGCCCUGUUAUUGAGGGUGAGAAGUGGUCCUCAACCAAGUGGAUUCACGUGAGAUCCUUUGAUAAACCAUCGACGAAUGCAAACAAUGGGGGUUGUGUGGAUGAGAAUGAGAACUGCCCCACGUGGGCUAAGAAUGGUGAGUGCCAAAAGAACCAUGUUUACAUGGUGGGUUCUUUGGACUCUCCCGGAUACUGUAGGAAGAGUUGCAAGGUUUGCUCAUCCUAGGAAGACCAUUUUCUAGGUUUUCCUUUCUUCUAUACAAGGCGAGGGUUAAUAUUCCAUUUGUUGUAUAUAACAUUGAGCUGUGACUUAGCGGAACAUGUAUCAGAGUUGCUCGGACCUAAUUUUUUAGCAUGAAGUUUGUGUUUUUCAUAGUUAUUUAUCACAUACUACACAAACUUCUGCCCCUUGUGUUGGUGCAAACUUUCUCCUGUAAAAGAUGAUUGUGGAAUGCUUCAAGGCACGGUUCAUAUAAUUAACACCUUAUU